CUCCAACAGACCACGAGCGAGAGGCAGCUUUCCACUGCGAAUUCCUAUAAAACGCGUAGUUUUAUGAAAUACAACUCCCCAUUUUCUCGCCGGCGAUCCUUCUCUCUGCUGAUUCACGGCUGUGCCGGAGGUGGACGCGGCGGCACAGCGGUGUUUUGUCGGUUUGGCCUUAUCUUUUUACUCCUUCAUGGCUAACUUCCACCGUCUCUUCCGAGUUCUGUUGCUGCUUUUCACUCUUUCUGAUUCAGUAAUCCGAACUCUGAGCGUUGGAAUUGGAAUAAACUAUGGCCAAAUCGCUAAUAAUCUACCGUCUCCAUCGCGCGUCGUCACUCUUCUCCAAAGUCUAAACAUCAGCAGGGUAAAACUGUACGAUGCAGAUCCUAAUGUCCUGUAUGCCUUCUCCAGUAGUAAUGUGAAUUUCAUUAUAGGACUUGGUAAUGAAUAUCUCCAGAACAUGACCGAUCCUCAGAAAGCCCUAGCUUGGGUUCAACAGCAUGUUCAAACACACAUCAGUCAGACUCAAAUCACUUGCAUCACUGUUGGCAAUGAAGUUUUCGUUUCUAAUGAUUCUCAAUUAAGGUCUAAUCUUCUUCCUGCAAUGCAAUCUGUUCAUAAUGCUCUUGUUAAUCUUGGGCUGGAUAAGCAGGUUUCUGUCACCACGGCUCAUUCCCUUAACAUCUUAGCCAACUCUUUCCCUCCAUCAGCAGGGUCAUUCAGGCCAGAUCUCACUGAAUACUUACAACCAAUACUCAAUUUCCACUCAAUGGCGAAAUCUCCUUUCCUUAUAAACGCAUAUCCUUUUUUUGCAUACAAGGAUAACCCUGGCCAAGUUCCCCUAGAGUAUGUGCUUUUCCAGCCUAACCAAGGGAUGACUGAUCCCAUCACAAAUUUGCACUACGACAAUAUGCUGUAUGCUCAAAUCGAUGCAGUUUAUGCCGCCAUCAAAGCAUUGGGGCAUACAGAUAUUCAAGUCCAGAUUUCCGAAACCGGUUGGCCAUCUCGGGGUGAUCUGAACGAGGUUGGUGCUACACCAGAGAACGCUGGGUUGUAUAAUGGCAAUUUGCUAAGAAGAAUACAGAGUGGACAAGGAACCCCGGCAAAACCAUCAAUUCCUAUCGAUAUCUAUGUUUUUGCUCUAUUCAAUGAGAAUUUGAAGCCUGGUCCAGCAUCUGAGAGAAACUAUGGCCUUUAUUAUCCUGAUGGCACACCAGUUUACAACAUUGGAUUGCAGGGGUAUCUCCCAGAGCUGUUGUAUUCAUCAUCCAAAAGAAAUGUUUUCUCAGUUUUCAGCUUGCUUCUGAUAUUCAUAGCCAGCUUUAUCUACAGUUAAGAUCUUCACCAUCAAUUAUGAAACAGUAGAGGUAUACCAGAAAUAGAUAGAAAUUCUUAUUCAUAGCCUGAAGAGUUUUAUAGAGAAGCCGCGCAUAAAGUCCCCUUCAGAUGCUGCAUUUAACUAACCAUCUGUAUUAUAUAUUUACUUUCUAUUUCAUCAUCAAUUUGGUUCAUUUGAAAAUUAUUUUUGUAGUUUCACACAGCAAUAAAGUAUUAUUAUUUCAUUAAAAAGCUUCCUAAAUAUUGAGCUCCAAAAGAGCAGUUUCCUUU